UCCUUCGUUGGUUGUGGCAGGGCAGAGCUCUCUGUCUGUUUAUCAGUUGGGGGAUAAUGAGAGACUGUGAUCUGCUUCGCGUUCCUUUCUCUUUGUGGUUCUCCUCCAGUAACUAUUUCACACAAAACAGCCACUUAUUUAGUGUUUCAAUGGAUUUCCAUUCACGCUCAGACCAAAGGGCCAGUUAAAAUCUGGACAAAAGAGAUAAAAUGUGGCCAGAAGAUGUUCCUAACUCUGGGAUUCGGCAGAUUGGUCCAGUCUUCAGUUUCCUGCGCUCUCCUAACUUCCUUUGGCUGCUGAGAUGGUGAGGACUUCUAACAGUCUUGCCCAUGCAGUCUGACAGUGCACUUGGACUUCCUGCCAAUUACCCCAGGCCCAUGUUGUGUUAGCAGCAUGUCCAACCGCUCCACCAACAUGAACUGUAGUCAGAACUGCAGCUUCUACGACAUAGACUAUUUCGAUGUUUACUCUGCUUAUCCUGUCAAUCUCUUCCCCAUUCCUAUCUUGACCGGAAUCACCAUUACCUGCAUUCUGUUGGCAUUGAUUGGCAUCAGCGGGAAUGUCAUGACUAUCCUGAUUAUGCUGAAGUUCAAGGACAUGAGGACCACGACUAACUUCUACCUAUCCAGUAUGGCUUUCUCCGACCUCUUCAUCUUUGUGUGCAUGCCCCUGGACUUGUACAGGAUUUGGCAGUACAGGCCCUGGAACUUUGGCAGUUUGCUCUGUAAGCUGUUCCAGUUUGUCAGUGAGAGUUGCACUUACUCCACAAUUCUCAACAUCACGGCCUUGAGUGUGGAGAGAUACUUUGCCAUUUGCUUCCCACUCAAGGCCAAAGUGGUCAUCACUAAGAGCAGGGUCAAAGGGCUUAUCUUUUUCCUCUGGUCAGUGGCGUUUGUCAGUGCAGGGCCCAUCUUUGUCUUGGUUGGGGUCGAGCACAUAAAUGGAACUGACCCCCUGCUGACUAACGAGUGCAAAGCCACGGAGUACGCUGUCAAGUCUGGCCUCCUGAAUAUCAUGGUGUGGGUGUCCAGCAUCUUCUUCUUCCUGCCCGUCUUCUGCCUUUCAAUACUCUACAGUUUAAUUGGGAGGAAGUUGUGGCGACGCAAGAGGGAGAGCGUUAGACCCAGCAUCAGCAGCAGAGAGAAGAACAACAAGCAGACGGUGAAAAUGCUCGUUGUCGUCGUGUUCUCUUUCGUGCUGUGCUGGCUGCCAUUUCACGUCGGCCGCUACCUCUUCACCAAAUCCUCAGAGGUGGGGUCCUUUGAGAUGCUCCAGAUCAGCCAAUACUGUAGCUUGGUUUCUUUGGUUCUCUUCUAUCUGAGUGCUGCUAUCAAUCCCAUCCUUUACAAUAUCAUGUCCAAGAAGUACCGGGUGGCUGCUCUGAAACUGUUCCAUGUCAAGAAGGCCCCGAGGAGAACUCCGUCAACAGUAAAGGACGAAAGCUGCCCAGCCUGGACAGAGACCAGUAUAAGCACUUGAUCACUGCAGAGCAACCAAGAGUUAUGGCUGUGAUGUCUGCUUGUAGCCAUGCACAGCCACUGGCUGCAUGGGCUGUAGGGGUGUUGCCCCUGUGAGAAGGAGCAUGAUAUGGGCACUGUAUUGCUAACCGCAAGACAAACAACAAACAAAAAUUCAAACGAUUCUAAAGGAUUCAGCAUCCCUUUCACCUUUCAGUGUAGACUGCAGAUCAAGGUUAUCCAGUUAAAAAGUAUUGGACUGCUGUUUUGAUGCAAACACAUAAAUAUUUCAGCUGCUGCUCUGAAAGAAAUAAAUUUAUGUUGGUGUCCGGUCAACUGGUUACUUGAACUUACUGUGAGAUAAUGAACAGGGUAGUGUGGUAAGCCAUUUAGAAUGUUGUAAAUAAUUCUCGAUUUCAUAGCCUGCAUAGUGUGCUGGAAGAGUUUCCAAAGGCAAUUUCUGUUUUCUUUGUUUCAAGAAAAGUGUCUUAAACCAGUAAGGGAGACCAUGGGAACUGCAUCGUAACAGAAAGACCGUCAAGCUCACUCACUACCAUCCUAAUUGUCACAUGGUAUGGUAAUAAUGGAUUCAUUGAUUAACACAUCAAUCACUCUCUAUCAAUACAGCUUCAACAGUAAGUACAUGAGGUCAGAAAAACUUUUAGUGUUAGGGUGCUUUGGAAACCAGAAGUCCUUCAACUUCACUUGCCCCAAUCCUAAAUAAAAUCAAAAAGUGCUGGAAAAUCUCAACAGACCUGACAGGUUGGAUCUGAAAAAGAGUCACAUUGGACUCAACACAUUACAUCACUUUCUCUCUCCACAGAUGUUCCCAGAUCUGCCGCAUUUCUCUAGCAAUUUCCGGUUGCCAUUUUAUUCUGUUGUCCUUUGGUUUUGGAUGGCUUUAUAAAUAUGGAAUCUUGGAUACAACACAGAGAUAGGAAAUUUGGUGCAGGACAUCUGUGCCGUACCCAAAUCUUACGGUGCCAAAUCAUGUAGACAUUGUCAGUGUCAAACCCCUUGCACUAAAUAUCCUGAGCCAAGUUGCCCAAAGCUAGAUUGCCCUAUAACAGAUUGUUCUGGAGAUGUACCUACCAGCACCAAAUCAACCAGAGCCAAAUUUCCUAACGUUCCACAUCGUACUCCUGUACUCUUCCCAUACCUUUUGAUGUCCCCUGGUUUGAAAUCACCUCCCCCAUAUCCUGUGGCACUGACCCUUUGUUCUGGAUCCGUCAGCCAAGGCAAACAUCAUCAAACACCAUUGAAUUGGUUGGAGGAUGUGAGAGUCAGGUUAAUGAGAGGCAAGAGAUAAUAGGGUAUGGUUGGAUAAAUUGGAAUCCAUGGGAGGACCUGUAAACACAGACAGUGGAGGAGAUAACUCAUCCAGAGAUAGUCAGAACUGUCAAUGCUAGAGUCAGAGAUAACACAGUGUGGAGCUGGAAGAAC